CAGCGGUACUGUAGCUCCAGCCGCGGUCUCUGCUGGUUGAUUCAGUCCGCCGUAGCUCUGCCGACUGGAGGGAUGUGACCCCGGAAAAGGACGCCCUGCUAAUACAACAACACCCCAUUCAAACAGAUCACACAAGAAAGUAAAGCUGGACCAGGAGGGAGCCACAGGAGCAGAGGGGAUGAACCGCGAGGAGGCGCCGGCGAAGUCUCCUGAAGACAUGUACAUCCAGCAUAAAGUGCGGGUCCUGCUCAUGCUCAAGAAAAUGGGUUCAAAUCUUACACAGAGCGAAGAAGCCUUUCUCCGGAGUUACGCAGGUGUGGUCCACAGUCAGAUGAGCCAGCUACCACAGCACAAUAUAGACCAGGGUGCAGAGGACGUGGUGAUGGCGUUCUCACGGUCAGAGACAGAAGACCGACGACAGUGACCCAGGCCUCUCUCCACCUCUUCCCGAACACACCCACCCGCUGUCCCGCCCUGCGCAUGAUUCACAACAUCCAACUCCACAAACACACACAACACCGAUGAGCUCAGGAGAAGAGGGGCGCCUGCAGGAGGCAGAGGAGGAGGAGGAGACGCGGUGUUCGCCUCCUACAUCCUGCCCCUUCCUCGCCUACUGACGGCACCCGGGUUGCACUCGAGCGGGUCACUGUGGGCCGCGGCCUUGGCAAUAAGGCAAUCUGUGAACACACUCGCAAAUUGGGUAAUUGUAGGUUUCGGUUUUCUUUUUUAUUUUCUGUGGCGGCAUCGAGGGUUGAUUUUUGUUCGGUUCUGUCCGCGUCGAGGUGUUGGGCAGCGUCACGUCUGCUGCGGUCACCGAGGCGGACCUUCUCGACAGCUGACCCGAAGGCGAAGAGAAGUGAUAAUUGAUGGUGUUAGAGGAGACAUUUGACAAGUAUUUCUGCUUUUAAAAGCCCUGCCGUUAGUUUCGGGUUUUAGCUGUUGUCCGUUGUUUUGUUAACGAGGGGCCUCGUUUUGUAAAAAAGAAGAAGAAAAAAAAAACUUUCAGCAGAUUUAAAGUUACAACCGCGUCUCAGGAUCCGGUAGAAAGUCUCCCCGGUGGAGUCCAGCUUUAGUAUUUACCACUUCAUCUCAUUCGGUCAUUUAUAGGAUGAAGCUGGUGUGAAAACAUUAAAUAAGGAAUAACUACUU